AUUACUGGAAUCGGGAGAGUUUCGGUAUUGUAUAUAUUGUAAUAGUGUAAUAGUUCCUCGCCGUUGCGUCGGGCGCAACGGACUAGCGGACCGCGAGGCGAGGCGAGAGCGAGGGAGUGUCGUCGCCGUCGUGUCGCGGGUGUCGUCGGUGCGCAAUUCCGCGGUCGUGAGAUUGAGCGAGAGAGACAGAGAAGCGAAAAGGACAAAGAGAGACGGAUAGACUGAACGAAGCGUACCGAGUAUCGCGCGAGCGUCGAAAGUAACGAGUCAUCUACCGAUCCAAGAUGGCAGAAGGCCAGCAGGAGGGUGGCCCAAAAAAGAUCAUCAUCAACGUGAAAACCCCGAAGGAAAAGCAGAGCGUGGAGAUCGAGGAGAAUGCGACGAUAAAAGAAUUUAAGGAGGCGGUUUCCAAGAAGUUUAACGCACAGGCCGAUCAGCUGUGCCUCAUCUUCGCCGGCAAGAUCAUGAAGGAUCAUGAGACUCUCAGCACUCACAACAUCAAGGACGGCCUGGCGGUGCAUCUGGUGAUCAAGGCUCCACGCACUGCAGCUACCAAUCAGGAGCCCAACAAUCCGGCCUCGAGACCACAAGCUGAUGUUAGUGCCAGUCCAUUUGGUUUAGGGAGCUUGGGUGGAUUGAUGGGAUUAGAGUCCCUUGGCUUAGGCUCAGCUAAUUUCAUAGACUUACAGCAACGCAUGCAACGAGAAUUGCUCUCAAAUCCAGAAACAAUGCGACAAGUACUCGAUAAUCCAUUAGUUCAGAGUUUAAUGAACGACCCAGAAAAUAUGCGCAAUUUGGUUACCGCCAAUCCCCAAAUGCAAGAAUUGAUGCAACGUAAUCCAGAAAUCAGUCACAUGUUAAAUAACCCUGAACUUUUACGACAAACGAUGGAAUUGGCACGUAACCCAUCAAUGUUGCAAGAACUGAUGCGUUCGCACGAUCGAGCUCUGUCUAAUCUAGAAAGCAUACCUGGAGGUUAUAGCGCUCUACGUCGUAUGUAUCGUGAUAUCCAGGAGCCAAUGUUAGCAGCAGCAACGAUUGGUCGUAAUCCUUUCGCCGCUCUAGUGGAAAACAGUUCCAAUCAGGACUUGCAGAAUCCACAGCAGGGUCAGGAAAAUCGGGAUCCAUUACCGAACCCGUGGAAUCAAAGCCAGAACGACAGUGGUACAGUACAACAGAAUCAAGGCAGAGGUUUGUUAGAUUCACCAGGUAUGCAGAGUCUCACGGCACAGAUGAUAGAGAAUCCACAGUUAAUGCGAAACAUGCUGAAUGCUCCGUAUACGAGAUCCAUAUUGGAAGCAAUGGCAGCUGAUCCGGCGAUGGCCAGUCGGGUAAUCUCAGCAAAUCCGUUUCUCCGUGGUAAUCCGCAAAUGCAAGAGCAAAUGCGUGCGAUGAUGCCCGCCUUCAUACAACAAAUGCAAAAUCCACAGAUACAGAGCGUUGUCACUAAUCCUGACGCUCUAGCUGCCAUUAUGCAGAUUCAGCGGGGUAUGGAGCAACUGCGCACCGUCGCUCCUGAACUCGUGGAGAAUAUGGGCCUUACAGUCCCACCUGCACCGACAACAUCGAACACAGGCGGUACCAAUUCCAGUGUACCAACUACUCAAUCAUCGGACAGCAAUCAGCAAGACGCGUUUUCUCAAUUCAUGGCACGCAUGGUUUCUGCUAUGGCAUUAAAUCAAGGUGUAGAAGUUGAUGGUCAACCUGUACCUCCACCAGAGGAACGUUACAGAGCACAGUUAGAGCAACUUACAGCUAUGGGUUUUCUUAAUAGAGAUGCUAAUUUACAAGCGUUAAUUGCAACGUUCGGAGACAUAAACGCUGCUGUUGAGAGACUACUCUCCAAUGGACAAGUGUCUAUGAGCUAACCACCAAUCCGCAAUACUGUUAUUCCAAUAUUACCUUUAAUUUUAUCCUUAUUUACCUCUUAUGUUAAUGUACGUAAGAGAUAUUUGAGGUAACUGGCUGUCAAAAAUUAUAAACUUAUAUCCUCCCUCCUUCCUCUGCUCCCUUUUUCUCAGUCUUAACGGAAUACACACUACUCACUCGUUCAAUUUGCAGUUUUUCUUAUUUAGAUUCAGAUUUGUCUGUGUUUAGAGGAUAAAUAGAAAAAUAUUGAUGGUCAUUAUUACUUGUUUCGCGAUCAGUUGGUCACUUUUUUGAAUCUCUCUUCUUGGUUCUUUGUCCGUGUAUCCUCUUCAGUGUGCUCUACAUACAAUCAAUUUCCUAUGCUCUCAGAUCAUUUGAAUCAACUAUUUUUCCUCUAUUCCUUUUUUUCAAUCGCAAUUCUACAUAUGCAUAGGAUGGAAAUGUUGCACGUUUCAGCUUUCACCUACUUUCUCACAACUUGUGAACAUAUAAUCGCAUCAUAUGGUAAUUUGAAUGAUGAAGUAAUGAGUAAUGGAGAAUAUUACAGUCACGAAACUAGUUUUCUACAAUGACAAUGCAUUAUUAUAUCAAUAUUUUCUUUAAAUUUUUGAUAUUAAUAUUGAUUCCACGCAUGUAUUACUGCUCUGAUAGUUUCACAAUUUUAUAAUUUAUAUUUUCACAAUUACAUUAGUUGUCCAAAUAUAAAUAUAAAUAAUACAGUAGGACACACCGCAAAAAUUAGUUUCGUGAAUGUUGUAUUUUAGAAACAAGGAAUUAACAAAUAGUUUAAUAGGACGACAAAUCUGUCAAACAAAAAAUCCGAAUUUGACACUUCGUUUUGGCAUCUUGUAUAUAGGAAAUUCGGGAUGUGGAAGAAUAUUCAUAUUAUGAUAGAAAUAAAAAAAAUCCUAAAAUAUAUGAUUAACGAAAAAAUUAACUUGCAAGUAUUCUUCCUCUGCCUCCCCCCAUUCUUCAGUUUUAGGUAUGUU